AAUAUUCGAGCUUCACAAACAAGACAGCACCGAGUCCACAAAAAUCCUAAGCUCAGCAACCUUAGCCUUCAAACCUCAACUUCUUCAUUAAUCUUUCCAUAAUUUUCUGCCAAACUCUUUCUUCCUGUUUUCUCAUGGACAUGGCAACAGCCUUUUCCACGACCAGUGUGCUUUCUUGGAGGAACCCGCAGUGCAUGCAUAACCCUCUUCCUUCACACACACGUUGCCACUCUUCAGUCCAAGAUGGAAUUCUAAGAACUGUAGCUGCUUCAGGCUCAAAAGAGAACUGUUUGGUUGAUGGAAAAACCGAGAAGUGUCCCUCUUUGUUGGUGAACAGAAGAGCAGUUUUGGCUUCUGGGGUUUCUUUGUUGUGUUUCCCAGGUGAGAGUUUGGCUGUGGUGAAACAAGGUCUUCUAGCAGGGAGAAUUCCUGGCCUGUCUGAGCCAGAUGAACAAGGUUGGAGGACAUAUCGCAGGCCAGAUGAGAAGUCAGGGGGACAUGGUGUUGGGUGGAGUCCUAUUAUCCCAUACACCUUCGCAGUGCCUCAAGAAUGGGAAGAGGUACCAGUAUCAAUAGCGGAUCUUGGUGGCACAGAGAUAGAUUUAAGAUUUGCCAGCUCGAAGGAAGGACGCCUCUUUGUCAUUGUUGCACCUGUUCUUAGGUUCUCGGAUAACCUUGGUGAUGAUGUGAAGAUAGAACAAAUCGGAACUCCAGACAAAGUGAUCAGUGCUUUUGGUCCGGAAGUGAUCGGGGAAAAUGUCGAAGGGAAGGUUCUUAGUGCAAGUGUAGCAGAACAUGAAGGAAGAACUUACUACCAAUUUGAAUUAGAGCCUCCUCAUGUUUUGAUUACUACAACUGCAGCUGGCAAUCGCCUAUACUUGUUUGGUAUAACCGGCAGUGGCCUUCAAUGGAAGAGACACUAUAAUGAUUUGAAGAAGAUUGCUGAAUCUUUUAGAGUUGUAUAAUUGGAAUCCUCUGGGAAUAGAGAGAUCCUAUGUAUGCAGCUUGUGCAGUAUAGAAAAGAAGUUGUUUCCCAAAAAAAUUGUGAGGCUGGGAUUUCUCUGAAUUGAGAGAUCAUAUAUGUAAAAGUCUUUGUAACUUCAACGUAAUCAAAUAAUUUUGUCAAAAUUUUAUGCUGGUCAGAGUGGAAGGCAAAUAGUCUGUUUAAAAGUUGACAUAGCUUAGGGGUUGUAGUUCUCCCUUCUCAAGUACCAACCAAAUGCUAUUCUUUCAGGUUUGAUCA